UAAACAGCAAACUUAGAUGUGUAGAAACAAAUUCUAAAAUAAUAAGUUUACCCAGCAAAAACUCGGUUACUUGUUUUAAUUUUACGUCCAUCCCAAGGUACGCCACCCCCGCCACAUCAAAGGUGAGAGGAUUGGGGUGUGAAUAAAGGCUGAACAUCGGUAUCGACGGGUUUGGGGACCGACACCAAUAAGAGUUGGCAGAUUACGUACACGCACUACGUGAGCGGAAACUGUGAAUCCUGCUGGUCGUGCAACAACACCAACAACAUGGCCACAACGGCGGUCAGUGACUGUGCCGUUCCGUACAAUCCCAAGAACGAGACGCGACCCUCGAAUGCGGAAGAUUUUCCAAACUUUCGCGACUUCCAAAUCGUGAAGAUGGUGAAGCACUUCCUGGUCAUCACGGACGGUUCGAAGCAGCAGCUGCGGCUUGGCUUCAAGUGCCGAACGUGCGGACUAACGUUCAACAAAACGAUGCAACUGCUGGGACACAUUCGGUUGCACUUCGAAGACGAGCAUACGUGUCGGGACUGUGGCAAGUACUUUUUCGAUCCGAACAAACUUCAGAUACACAUCAAGGCAAAGCACACAAUAGCGACCGUGGUCAAGUGCCAACUCGGAUGCGAUUCGUUCCGCGUUCCGAGCUACAAAUCGUUGCAGAUGCACUACGAGCGUUACCAUUGUGUAAAGAUUCGGAUGCGUGAGUUACGCAAAAUGGACGAUGCAAUUCGCAACGGGGGAACGGUGAUGACGCAGCUUGUCAGCCUUAAACCAAAACGAAAGCGCGUUCAUACUCCGGUCGAAGUACGUGGCCCUCCAUCGAGCGGUGAAGAGUCGCAAGAGUCUGUCGAGGCGGCAGGUACGGGCGAUAGUACGUCUGAGCCAAUGGAAAUGGCUUCCGUGCUGAAGGAAAUCGAUGAAGAAGACGAUGUGGAGGAAGAAAUUGAACUGCAGCAGGGUUUGAUCAGCUUCGAGCAGCCGGAAGACGAGCGUGUUUACGACGAUAUGCAGUGCUGCGUGUGUGGAGCAAUAUUUGGAAACGAACUGCAGCUAGAGAUGCACGAAAACUCGCACACCACACCGUUUGAGUGUAGCUUCUGUAGUAUGGCGUUCGCCGACCUGGACGAAAUUCGUGUGCACUAUCAGAACAAACAUCAGGUUGCGGGAAAGACGCCCCAGUUCGUUAUUACGAACGCCCCUCAGCCGCAGGUACAGCACGGAUCGUGGCAUCAGAUCCUUCAAAGCCCGCAGCAAUGGCAACAGCAACAGCAUCCACAACAGAUUCAGCAUCAGCACCAGCAGCAACAACAACAACAACAACAACAGCAACAGCAGCAGCAGCAGCACCAACAGAUACAGCACUGCACCCCAACAGCACAGUUUAUUCCGAACGCGGCAAACGGUGCCAUGACCACCAUGUAUGUGAUGCAAAACGGAAUGCUUAUUCCGGUGCACGCAAUCGACAGUGCGCAACUGGCGGCCGUCAAUCCGUAUCAGCAAACCACGGCGGCAACCUUAACACCGAUCACACAGAACACACAAAUUGCCUGGCCCAUCACGGCUACCCCCAUCACGACAAAUCAGCACCAUUUGCACCAGGCGCAGCAGAUCCUGCCACCCGUGCAGAAUCAGAUCGAAAUCAUUCCGCUUCAUUCCAGUCCUCAGGCUGGUACGUCCAACACGGGUUCGCCCCACGGAAUAAUUACGGCGAUCGCCCCUCAGCACCAGCAUCUGCAGCAGGUUCAUCAUGCACAGCCCCAGCAAACAACACUCGCCCCAAUACAUAUUAGCCUUAAGGAUGCCAGCGGGAACGUUAUCUCCGGUGGGACGGCUGGCGGUGGUGCGGCCGGCGGUUUCGUUAUCAAUUCGAUCGCCGCAAUCGAUCCCAGCUAUCUGAAGCAAAUCGAUCCAGUAAUUCACCAGCAACAACAGCAACAGCAGCAACAACAGCAGCAGCAGCAGCAACAACAACAACAACAACAACAACAGCAGCAGCAGCAGCAGCAGCAGCAGCAGCAGCAGCAGCAGCAGCAGCAGCAAAUGCAGCAUCAACAAAUUCAGCACCAAUUACAGCAACAGCAACCGCACCAACAACUGCAGUAAUAGCGCGAAAAGAGGUAGUUAGUACCGUUAAUUUGUUGGCUUGGAAACGCUGUUGAUUAGAAUAGCAAGGGGUAGUGUUUGAAUUGUCCCAUGUUUGUCUUACGUGUAAGGACUAUUAUGAUCGAGAUGUAAUUUAUAUGCGCAGUUAACGCCUACUGCUUCCAGAACGAUAAACAGAGGGAGAAACUACUUUGUUUAGUUAAAACCCUUUUUCAGUGGACAUACUUUGAACCGUCACUCCUUUAAGCACCACUAGACAUGUUAAUCUCACGUGGCAAUUUCCGUCAGACCCCGGACCGUUGAAGAGGUUAAAAUUAUAUCGGGUGGGGCUCAUCGGAGUAUAUAUUUUAUUUUUUUUAUUUUCGGAAGAUAUACAUACAUAUAUAUUUU